CCGCGGCGGUACAGCAGUCGAAUCCUUAACCUUAAAAAAAUCAAUGAAAAAAAUUUAAAAUAAAGACUACCACUACAAAUCAAAGCAAAAUGAUUCAAUGGGCGAUUUCGUUAGCAAGAAACGUAUCACGUUUACCGAUUCCUAGGGCUCCCUUAUUACAAAAUGGGGUUGCACAACCUAAACUGGUUCCUUCUACGUUUCAAAGGUAUUUUUCCCUACUGCAAUCUAAAGUUAGUGGCCCCCUUGUUAAUAAUCCCACUUUCAACGCCGUACCUAUUACAAAUAUUAGAACGAUCACGAAAUAUUCAAUGAGAAAAGGGAAAAGGAAAACAUGUAGUGCGGUUACAGCAAGAUUUUACAGAUUAAAUUGGGGAAUAUGGAUAAGAAGAAUAGCCGGUUGCAAUAAGAAAUUAUGGAAGAAAAGCCCUCCAAGAAGAAGACGUCUGAGGCAACAUGUAUUUUGUAACUCUACCCAAAGUUAUAUGUUGGACAAAAUGGUUAAUAACUUUUGGAGAAGGCCAAAAUACUAUGUCGAUGAUCCAUAUGAACCCUAUCAUAGACGGGAAGAGUAUAAGUUUACUUAUAGAACACCAAAGCCUUAUUUUCCACCUGAACAAUCGGAAUAAUAAUUUUAAGUUGGCAGGUAUUAAUAAAUAGCACAUUUAAAAAAUC